AUGAGAGCCUCAGGGCAAAGUGACGGACAGAAUGUGGUGGGAGAGGGCAGUGUGGAGGCACCACUGAGGUUUCUGGCUGGGGGCCUGGUGGAAGUUCCCAUCCCCUCCAAAGCCAGCAGCCUCUCGGCCCUCUCACUGGCCAAAGACAGCCUGGUUGGUGGCAUCACGAACCCCAGUGAGGUCUUCUGCUCCGUGCCAGGCCGGCUCUCUCUGCUCAGCUCGACAUCCAAGUACAAGGUGACGGUGGGGGAGGUCCAGCGACGACUCUCACCUCCCGAGUGCCUCAAUGCCUCCCUCCUGGGCGGUGUCCUUCGCAGGGCCAAGUCCAAGAAUGGAGGCCGCUGCCUGCGUGAACGGCUAGAGAAGAUUGGGCUCAAUUUGCCAGCUGGCCGUCGCAAGGCCGCCAAUGUGACACUUCUGACUUCACUGGUGGAGGGAGAGGCCGUGCACCUGGCCCGAGACUUUGGCUACGUCUGUGAGACUGAGUUCCCAGCCAAGGCAGCUGCCGAGUACCUGUGCCGACAGCACGCUGACCCCGGGGAACUGCACAGCCGCAAGAGCAUGCUGCUGGCCGCCAAGCAGAUCUGCAAGGAGUUUGCAGAUUUGAUGGCUCAGGACCGCUCACCACUGGGCAACAGCCGCCCAGCACUCAUCCUGGAGCCCGGAGUACAGAGUUGCCUGACACACUUUAGCCUUAUCACCCAUGGCUUUGGUGGGCCCGCCAUCUGUGCUGCCCUUUCUGCCUUCCAGAACUACUUGCUGGAGUCACUCAAGGGGCUGGACAAGAUGUUUCUAAGUGGUGCGGGCAGUGGGCAUGGUGACACCAAGGCUUCAGAGAAGGAUGCCAAGCACAGGAAAUAA